CCUCAGGUGCGCCUUUAGCCCCGCCCUCCUGGCUGUACCUAGCUGAGGGAAAGUGGGAGAAACAAAGCAGCGUCGACUAUUAUUCCAGGAUCCCUAUCUAUAUGGUUAAAAGGAAAAACUGACCUCUCGACUCUUGGCGAGUUUUUUUUUUUCUUUUGCUCUCAUUUGUUGUUCACAAUGGACGAUCCGUUUUUUAAGUCGGCGUUACCUGCGCACGACUCCUCUGUGCUGGAUGACACCAGCCUGGCUUUGCCGGCCGAUCUGCGAUCCUCAACGCAGCCCGAUGAGGACCGGAAUCAGCGGGUUCACCGGCAGGUUCAGCUCACAAUGUCCAGGAAGUCUAAAAAGACUCAGUCAAAUGGUGGUGUCUGUUCACAGAAAUAUGAAACAGCGAGCUUAAAUGAUGCAGAUGGACUUUUAACGAACACGAAGGUAAAUAGAUCGUCCUUCUCCAGUCACUCCUUCUCUGGCGACCAUGACCGCAAACCAUCCAGGAGGCUGGAAGUGUCCCCUCAGUCAAGCCCAGAGCAACCUCAUAGGCACUUUAAAUGCAGUACUUAUUCUGGGAUGCCCACCCCCUCUGUAUCAAGUCAUUCACCCAAAGUUGGCACUCACUUGGCAAAGUCAGCUUCCUUUCACCACCAUGUUUUUUCAGAUUUACCUCAUAGCACACAGAGAUGUGCAUACACACCUGCACGAGGGAACGUCCAGCAAAGGACGUUUAGACAGACCUUAGGAUUGCAAUCUGUACCUGCAAAUGCUGCAUUUCGGAAAAAUGGAGAAUAUGGUUCUAAGUGGACUUACAGACAAAGUACUGUGAAACCAACUUUCACAGAAAAAAUGCAGAGAAGAAAUGGUGACACCAUGUUUAGUUCUAUCCAGCCUAAGGAUAGCAUGUUCGGGCUAAAACAGAAGAGGGAAAGGGGCCACUAUAAAUCCCUUAGAGUGAACUCAUACCCGCCCUCUGUCAGCAGUGUGGAGACGGAUGCUGGCAGGCGGGCAGCAACGCAGUUACCCAUUAAGCAGAUGCACGUGCAGAAUGUCACAAAACUGAUGUCAGUAAGCAAGACUCCGAGGAUGACAAUGGAGAAGGCUGUGCAGCUUUUGACCCAGAAUGAAGAGGAAAAACUGAUCUGUGCAACCAGUUUCAUACAAAAUGAAUGUUUCAAGAGUGCCAUUGCUAGAGGCAAGAUUUGCCAUGUGAACGGGAUUGAGAAGCUCAUGUUUCUACUUAACAAUGACAGCGAAGAAGUGCAGCGUGCCACUGCCGGGGCGCUGCGUAAUGCUGUUUAUGAGAACGAUAGAAAUAAGCUUAAUGUUAAGGAAAACGCAGGCUUGUCUUUGAUUCCUACUGUACUGAAUAGCAGCCGCGAUAAGGAGACCAGGCGGCAUCUUACGGGUCUUUUGUGGAACCUCUCCUCUCAUGACAUGUUGAAGGAGGCUUUUCCACAUCAUGCCUUAUCCACUCUCAGCCGCUCCGUUCUUGUUCCCAGUUCUGGCAUUUUUGAAGGCGAGAAUCCGAAAGAUGAACUGCUAGUGGAUGAUGAAACUUUCAUCAAUGCCACCGGCUGCCUGCGAAAUCUGAGUUCCGCAGGCCGAUAUGUCAGGGAAGCAAUGAGGAAUUGUGACAAUCUCAUCGAUUCUUUGAUCUACUACAUCCGGGGAACCGUAGCUAACCGUAAGAUGGAUGACAAGAGCACGGAGAACUGCGUCUGUAUCCUGCACAACCUGUCUUAUCAGAUUGAGUCAGAGCUUCCGAAGAAAAACGACCAGGUUCUCACAGAGUCUCGCCAAGACUUGGAUUCGCAGCCAAAGACUUUGGGCUGUUUUUCUUAUCGCAGUGCCAAGAUCACAGAGUAUGCAGUGCAUCAGCACCCCCUGCUGGAGCCCGAGCCCAACCCCAACCCCCAUGGCAUAGAGUGGCUGUGGGACACGAUCACUGUGCGGAUGUACAUAUCACUGAUGGCCUGCAGUACAAAUGACACCAUCAAGGAGGCUGCCAUUGGUGCUCUGCAGAACAUCACAGCUGGAAAACACGAGAUAAACAGAGGCAUCGCCGUUAUCAUUGUUCAGCGGGAAAAUGGUCUUGAGAAGAUUAAGGAAAUUUUAAACGGUGAAAGUAGUAAUCUAAAGAUACCUGCUGUAUCUCUAAUCAAAAACAUCUCACGCUACGAUCAACUUCGUCCUGCCAUUGCAAACCAGGUGUUGUCAGAGAUGGUGAAAAUGCUGCCCUUUGACAGCACCGACGUCAACCAGACUAGUGAGGUGACGAUUUCUUUAUGUGAAAUCCUGACUUACCUGUGCCUGAGUGAUGCGAAGAAUGCCGACGCAAUAAUCGAAAACCGCGGCAUCCCAAAGAUCAUCAACAUCAGCAAGACAGACAAAGGACCCAGUCGUAUGCAAAAGGCAGCGUGCCUUCUGCUGCACGAAAUAUGGAAAAACAAUGAAGUCCAUGAGACCCUCAAGAAACGGGGGUUCAAGAAAUACGAUUUCGUCAAUGCAAGGACAAAAAGAGCUUUGAGCUCCUGAUGAAACUCAGCCGUGGAUUCAUAAAUCUCAUCUCAUCUGUAUGUAGCGACUGUUUGGUUUUUUUUUUUUAUUGCUGUUGUUUUUGUUUUGUUGGGGUUUUUUGUCAUGCUACAACCAAACAUUGGAAACAACACUGAAACUCUUUUUUUUUAAAAAGGAUUGACUUUUUUUGGUUGUUUGUUAUAUAUUUGGAAAUCUCUCUCCAGCUAUUUGCCCUAAUGUUUGCAUUAGUUGGAUUCAUGUUCUCAAAUUUAUGUUUCUGAUACCACAAAAUGAAUGAGAUGUUUUAUUUAAAAAGAGGUAAACCUGCUGAUUCAUGAAGAACUGUACCACACUUUUUGUGACCUUUAAAGCACCUUUUAGUUGUUAAUAAUCCUUGUGUAGCAUAUCAUUGUUAUAGUGCCUUAUGAUAAAAAUGACAGAUGAAUGUAGAAUGUUUUUUAUAGCAGAAAUUACACUAAUCAUAAGACACCUAUUGAAAUUUGAAGUAUUUCUUUCUGUUUAUGUUGUAUGGGUUUUUUUCCCCCUCCUUUCUAUAACGGCAGCUUGUCAGUUUAUAAUAGUCGAUGUUGUAAGACAAAUGAAAUCUUUAAAAUGAAGAAGUUCUUUUUUUAAGACAAACCAAAUGAAGCUGUACAUUAAAGAAUACAGAAUGCGCUCAAA